ACUACCGAAAGCUUCUUGGGUCUUUAUCCCGCGUUUUUAUUGACGUCGGUUUUUAAAAAACUACAGGUACUAGCUAUGAAGGAGAUACGAAGUUAUGCAAGAGGAUGGUGGAUGGUGUUAAUCGUAGCCACAAUGGCCGGCCUCGUGCAGUCUGACGCCGUCAGCCUCUACAACUCUCAGCUGAAGCAAAUCGUCACUUCUAGUACACUUAAGUGGACCACCUUGAAGAAGGAGGCUAUGGAAAACUACGUCACCGGGGUCGAUUCACCUGAAGGACCAAUUUAUCUUUGUCGAUCUCGUCACGAGGGCGAUAUGCUACUUGGCUUGUUAAAGUCUGAUUAUAAGUCAUGCGCAAUCGCCGGAACCAAAAACUACGAAAUUUUUGAAGUACUUGAAAAUAUUGAAAAUGCAUCGCUGCUAAUAUGGAAGCCGUGGGGCAAGUAUCAUGCUAAGCCGAGUGGCGCUGUUACCAUCGACUCUUCGCUCGAUUCCGCUUUUAUUGGCAGGAUGAAAGCGGAUAGCGGAUAUUCGCACUACAUAGGCAGAAUUAAUUAUGAGAGCACAAUCGGACAUUUGAUCACUUUCGAUGACCAGAAUAAUGAACUUGUAGAAAACAGUGGAGAAAUUCUCGUCGAAAUCGAACCUAUCAGUUAUAGAAUUGAAAAUGUGCAAGUGGACUCAGAAACUGAACACAUCCGUCAGACCGACCCGCAAGUAUUCGAGGAACGAAUUUUACGAAACGAAGAUGAGACGGGCGCCACGGUUACCACGGAAAUUGAAUACAAGUAUAAUUACAGUAUAUCCUGGGGCCAUGGGCAUGGUAUUGCUAUCGGUUUGAACACUACCAUAGUGCUGAGCGACGGAACUGUACUCCCGCAGAUCGAAUGGGCUAAUCCUUAUAUGGAAGAAAAAAAGGAACUUUACAAAUUGGAAAAGUACCUCGAACCGGGAACUGCCUGCAAUGUUACAUUCAGAGGUUAUUAUACGAAUAAAGAUGUUCAAUACACGGGUAAACUAAUCAUAAACUAUAAAGAAAAUGCACCUCGAUCUCGGCCAAUGAAGGGUGAAAGAAUCGAAAAUACCGUGGAAGUAGAAGCUGUUUAUGGUGAGAUAUAUUAUCUUGUCAAUAACACAUUGGUGCCGACCACCACAACCACUACAACAACUACCACAACCACAACAACUACUCCGCCACCUCAGACUGCCCCACCGGCGCCAGAGGAGAAUGACAUAGCGAGUCCCAUGAAAAAGAUGAAUCCAGGUGAAAUCGACAGCAAUGAUAUGAUGGGAGACAGCAGCGAAGGAUUGGUGAAAGCAGCUAAAGAAGACAUCAAUCGUUCGGUAGUCGGUGGACUCGGAAGUAAACCCAACGCGGCCACGGCCCAAGUAAUUUCCACGGCUUUAUUCAUCCCGGUCUUCGCGCUUCUUAUUUAAGUUUGAAGGUUACAGUAUUUGUUGUAUAUAGUUAAACAGAAGAAUAUCAUUGAUAUAGUCGCUUUCAACUUUAAAAUGUAGUGAUUGUCAUCUAAGCUUUAUGCUGUUGUUUAAUGGUGUGGUAAGAAUACCCUUUGGGUAAAUUUGUAUAUAGAUUUUUGUUUUAUAUUUUAGACAUUCCUGUUAAAUAAUUUCAUUCCAGUAUGUAAAUUAUUGAGCCAAAAUUGAACAGACGAGUGUAAAUAAAUUAUGUAUAUAGUUAAGAAUAUGGAAGUCGCAGAGCGACGGGUUACAUCUGAACGUCACAAAUGUUAAGCUAGUGGGAAUCGUAAAGUCGAUAUAUGAGUAUAAUGCCACUGUUACCAAUACACAUUGUACUAAAAUACA